GCGUCGCUUGCAUGCAAUGAGGAAGGGGACCGCUGCUCUGAAGCGCAAGCAGGUGCAGCAGCUGCGACGGCACCACCAGCAGCUGCUGGCCGCAGACCUGUCCCUGUCGUCGUCUUCGUCGCGCUUGGCGGCCGCCCUGAUUUCAUCGGCGGUGGCCCUCAGCGCCGCAUCUACGUCGUCAGCCGCUUCAGCAGCAGCGGCCAAUGUAAAUAAUCAUCAUCAUAGCCAUACGCAACCGCAGCUACUGCCGCCAGGACAAGUGCUGCCACGCCAUCAUCAUCAUCAUCAUUAUCAUCACCACCAGCAUAUGCAUCUACAGCAGCAGCAGCAGCAGCAACAUCCACAGCAGUCACAAGAACAACAGCAGUCGCAGUCGCACUCCCACAGACAUCACCAUCACCACAACCAUCAUCUGUGUCGCUCGAAACGCAAACUACAAAAAUUGUAUUAUACGCUUUGCCGUUAGAUUCGUACACCCCCUCCCCUUAUUUUUAAUUAACUUUAUAUAUGUAUACUUGUAUGAGAGAAUGUUUCUUAGAACCUUACCUUAAGUCGAAGCAUCCAAGACCGCCCCCAUCGCCAGCCCUCUACUUCUACUCCUACUCUAGUACUUCGCAUCCAUGUAUAUCGUGCGCGUCGCGUCUGUCUAUUUAAGUUUCAAAGUCAUGUCGAAAGAUCGUAUCUCUAUGUUGUAUAUUUAUUUAUUCAAAUUUGUUUUCCCGCUCAUAUCUCAUUUGCGUAAUUGGCCAAAAAACUGAAGCAAAAAUCUCAUCAGUGCAAUACCAUAUACAAACACCUAAAUAUAUAUAUAUAUAUAUAUGUGUCUAUAUAUAUAUAAUACGAGUAUAUAUAUAUAUAUGUAUGUAUCGAAUUUUUCAUCACUUUAUGUAUACAAACACUCCAAGCUAUUUAUUGAUAAUUGAGAAAGAUUUGUGAUUUGCGCACAUUAAUUAACUUCAUCCAGCCUAAAUCGUAAGUGUAGCAAUCAAGCAAUCUUCGUUUUAAGUACCCUCUCCUCUCCCAAGGAAUUUACGUAUUCGAUAUCUUCCGGCACAGUCGCCGCAUACGCUAUAUUCAACCCCCCACUACACUCCACCUACCCCGAAAAAACCACAACAAGCAAACCCUCUGAUUAAGUAUUACUUAGCGUUUAGUAAUGAUAUCUCUUAAGUUGCAACCAAGAUGAAGAUGUACUUUAUAAUGUAGGAAGAACCUCAGUAGCUUCAAUCAGUUGUGCGGCUAGCCCCAGAUCUAGAUCCAUUCCUGGAGCAAUAUUAAAUCGUCUGAUCGUCUGAUUAGAGAGACAGAAAGCAAUCGUCAAUCUCCUUGAUAUUUGUAUUGUGUACUAGUAGUGUAUAUUCUGGUUGUGCUGCGCAGUAGGAAGUACUACUCAAUGCGAAUAAGAUUAACAUUUGUCAAGCCAUAGUGUGGCGCGCGUUCCUUAUACUAUAGUGCAUGGAAAAAUGGGGGAUUUUACCGCUUUCGCUUAGCCCAGAGACAAGAGAUGGCAGAGUGGCCCGUCUUGAUCCCAUCUUGGGGCCCAUUUUAAAGAGAAAUCAAGUUAAAUUAUAUAGUGCAUAGAAGGGAGAGUACCACCGUACCCCAGGCCCCGUACAUACACAACACAAAAUUUCGUACCUUGGUAGAAUUUGCAGUUCAAAAUUGCUUUAGAGUUUGUCAGUGUAAAGUAAAUUGUACGGCUUAAAAUUCACACACGCACACAUGGACAAUUUAGGCAAGAAUAUACAUACAAGAUACUACAUACAUAUAGUAACAAAAAACAAAACAAAACAGUCAUACAAUACACCUGCACUGCAGAUACAGAUGCAGUUGCAGAUGCACAACGUGUAUGUGUUUAUACCCUACUAUUAUGAACAUUAUAAAUGGAAAAGCUGCGAAGUAAACGUGCUAAAGUAAAUGGAAGUGAAGUCCACUUCCCAAUGAUAUGAUUAAUAGAGUUCCCUCAUGUAAAUUCUACUGAUCCAUGCGAGUCUGGUAAUAAAAUGAAUAAGCAUAUACGAAUACA